GUCAGUGGAAAUUACAUGACCUUGAGCUAUGUAGCACAGCCGCUUUGCGAUAUUUCGAGUCAUCGCCUAAAGCUGUACUGUUCUGGAGCCGCGUGCUGCCUCAAGGAGGUGCCGUUCCUACGAUGAGCCUUAUGAAUCAUAGAUUUCAGCAAUGUCCAACAUAUAUAAACCACCGAACUGGAGUUUACAACAGCAUUCCUCCUGUCUCUUUCUCAGAAUGAAGUUGUUCUUCGCUUUCUUAUUGAUGCUCGCCGCAUCUGUGACCACACAAGCACUAUACCUUAAUCCUAAUGUCCAAGCCCCUUCGCGGCGUGCAUUCUUGGCUGCCGAAGCAGAACCCUCGAAAGAAGACGCCAAGAGAUCGGACUAAUACACCAGUAAGCGAGACAAAUAAAAUGUGCACAUCGACGUACUGAAAUUUUUCCAAAGCCGUUGCAAUGGUGUAGAGACGCGUACUUUGUACUGCAAAAGGAG